AUAUGUGACAAAUAAAGGCUUCUAAAGCUUUAACUUUUUGAAAAAAGGAAAGUCUUCAGGGCAGAGGAGUUUGCAGAGAAACACUUUGUGGUUUCUCAUGUACACGACAAGCUGAAAUAGUUUUUUUGUCUUAACUUCAAGAGAAAGAAAAAAGAGGCUGAUGAGGGAACAACUCUUUAUAGCUGUUAAGACAUGUGAGAACAGGAACUAACCUCUGUUGCAGACCUUGCACAUCAACUAACUAUAAAUGGAUAAAAGAUGCAUAGAAAAAGACCAUCAGUCUCGUGAGCUCAUGAGUUUCACUGUGAGAAGACAGCAGAAGUGGACACUUUCACGAACACCAAACUGAACGACACCUCAAGGACCAGGAUGCUGAGACUUUCUCUCUAUUUACUGCUUGUCAGCGUUCUUAGAGCUUCUCUGUUGGCUGAUGGCGCUAACAUACGACUCGCUGGUGGUAAUCACUCCUGCGCUGGUAGAGUGGAAGUCUAUCAUAAUUAUCAGUGGGGAACAGUGUGUGAUGAUGACUGGGACAUAAAUGAUGCGCAGGUGGUGUGUAGACAGCUUGGAUGUGGUAAUGCUGUCAGCGCUCAUCAAAGUGCCCACUUUGGUCAGGGAAGUGAUCCAAUAUGGCUGGAUGAUGUUCAGUGUUCUGGAAGUGAAUGCACCAUCACACAGUGUUCUCUUAAUGGAUUUGGUAUACACAACUGCGACCAUGGUGAAGAUGCUGGAGUUACUUGCUCAGUACUUGCAGACAUGCAGACUCCUACACUGACCCGGAUCUCCCCAAACUCUGCGGUCUUACCUGGAGAAGUCCUUCAGUUCAGAUGUACCACAACCAGCCCAACAUGCAUCUCUGUAGACUUCAGAUUGUGUAAAACUGGAACAUUAAUAAUGAACCAACCUGCAAAGACUACAACAACAUUUAAUCUGAUUGUAGAUGCCUCACAUCGGGGCCAGUACACCUGUGACUACUUGUACAGGGAAACUGCCUCCACAUCACCCAGGAGCAACUCCAUUACCAUCACUGUGGUGAACCUGCAGCAGCCCAAUAUCUCCUUUAGUGCUGCUGGUGGACCAGAAGUGACAAGGGGCUACAGCUUCUCCAUCAUCUGCUCCACUGAACCUCAGUAUUCAGGAGGUUCCUUCCACUUGAAUUUCAGUGGAUCCAACAUCACCAGCACUCAGUCGGCUGUCAACCACUCAGCCGUCUUCCUGUUUCCUGAGGCAGAUUUUGUCCAUCAGGGAAACUACAGCUGUACUUAUGAAGUUAACGUGUCUUCACGCACCUUUACCUCCACUCCCACUGAGCAACUGGAAAUCACUGUGAAAAGUAUAGCAAAAUGAACUAGUUCUUUUAUUUUCUGUUCGGCAGUUUAAUGGGUAAAAUAUUGUUGUUGUUGAUGAUGAUGAUGAUGAUGAUUUCUCUCUCAGCAUUUCUGGCUCCUUAUAUUAGUAUUGGAGUGACAGCAGGACUGCUUCUCAUCUUAGUUCCAAUCAUCAUUUGCUUUGUGAAUACACAAAAAAGAUGAAAAUAUCACACGGAUAAGAAGAAGAAUACACCACGUGAGUUGCUGUAGUUAUUAAUUAACUAUAAUUAUUAAACACCCCUUUAAUAACAAAUCUGAAAACAAAACUGUUUACAUAGUAUGGAGCCAAAUCUUUAAAAAGGCAUAAUCUCAAUCGAUUUUUAAACAUGCCUUUUUAUUAUUUUAUUUUCAUUACC